UAAAUAGUGCAAGAGAGAUUUACCCUGCUCACUGGACACCGCUUGUUUGCUGCAUCUCUCUGGGACCACACACCAAGAUGUGGGCAAAGACAAUUACAGGAAAUUUUGCGAGUGUUAUUCAUGGUUUGAAUGCAAACCACUUGACAGACCAGGUUGUUCAGAGGAGCAAGCGAAUGAUUCUGGAUACACUUGGAGUGGGGCUUCUGGGUACCAGCACGGAGGUCUGCCACAAAGUGACACAGUACAGCAAGACCUACAGCUCAGAUGUAUCCAGCACCAUCUGGGGCCACUUGGAUUUCCGACUGCCUCCUGUGUAUGCAGCUUUUGUGAAUGGAGUGGCUGUGCACUCAAUGGAUUUUGAUGACACGUGGCACCCAGCCACACACCCCUCUGGGGCUGUGCUCCCUGCUGUGAUUGCACUCUCUGAGGCCCUUCCUAGGAAGAAAAAAAUCUCAGGUCUUGAUCUGCUCUUAGCUUUCAAUGUGGGAAUCGAAGUGCAAGGCAGGCUGCUCUGCUUCUCCAGUGAAGCCAAAAACAUUCCAAAAAAGUUCCACCCACCAACUGUGGUCGGCACGAUGGGGAGCGCAGCAGCUUGUGCCAAACUUCUGGCUCUUGACCAGCUGAAAUGUAAAAACACUUUGGCUGUUGCUGCCUCCUAUGCAGGUGCCCCACUGGCUAAUGCAGCAACCCAAACAAAGCCCCUCCACAUUGGCAAUGCUGCCAAGCAUGGACUGGAAGCAGCUUGCUUAGCAUCCCAGGGCCUUCAAGGAAGCAAACAGAUCUUGGACAUGGAGUCUGGGAUAGGUGCCUUCUAUACAGAUUACAACCCACAGAGUCUGCCAACCUUGCAGUCAUACCCCUGGCUGCUGGACCAGCAAGACGUGGCCAUCAAACGCUUCCCUGCUCAUCUGGGAACGCACUGGGUGGCUGACGCAGCAUCUUCUGCCAGGAGGAAACUUGUGGAGAGCAGUGACAACUUGCUCCCCGUUGAUAAAAUUGAGAAAGUCACUCUUAAAGUCCCAGAGGUCAAAUACGUGAACAGACCCAGCCCCAGCUCAGAGCAUGAAGCUCGACACUCCUUCCAGUUCGUUGCGUGCUCUGCUUUGCUGGAUGGGAACAUGUCAGUCCAGUCCUUUGCCAGUGAGAACAUCCACCGGGCAGCUUUACAGGAGCUCCUCUGCAAAACAGAGCUGGAGCACCCUCCUGAUAACACACCUAGCUUUGAGAGCCUGUACUGUGAAGUGAGUGUCACGCUUCAGGAUGGCAGCACCAUCAGCGACCGCUGCGAUACGUUCUACGGACACUGGAGGAAACCGCUGAAAAAAGAGGACUUGGAAAAAAAGUUUCAGUCCAAUGCCUCCAGCAUCCUGCCCUCAGAAGCCAUAGAAGGCAUUAUAGAAACUGUGUACAAUCUGGAAAAAGUAGAGGAUUGUUCUGUAUUAGGUACAUUUUUAUCAGGACAGCGAGAUAGAGAGAAGCUCUCAUUUUCAGAGAAGCUGCACUUCCUCUGAACGUUCCAGCCAACAGGUCAAUGAUGUUCACACAGCAAAGACAGAACUCAGGACAAACUCUCACUUAGUCACCCAAGCACUUUUAAAUUGGACUGCUGUAAGACCAGAGCCCAAUAAUGUCUUUUUUGAAUAAGAAAAUAACUUAGCAAUAACGUGCCCAGCUCAAUCAGGCUGAACAGAAGAUGCUCUGCUGGCAUAGUCAGCUUAAACUAUCUUAAAUUAUCCUUAUACCUCUAGGGGCAAAACACUGCUGGUGCACAGCACAAUAAAUUCACUGCUCAUCUGACAGAAAAAAAAAAACCAAACCUGUAUGUUCUGCUUUUGCUAAAUAACUCCAUGAAGGAAAUCCAAAUUCUGGAGGACCACCGAAACACUGUCUCUACAGGAAACAUCACUAUGAGAUGGACAGAAAAUAAAAGCCUUUAUGUAUUUAUUUUUGUAAAUUUAGCUCUAAAGCCUCCUUGGAGAGGCCACCUGUUACAUCUGAGCUUUGGCAUUUGUGCUAAAAUAAACAUGGGAUAUAUAGGGAGUAGUACAACUUGAUACUCUGCAACACGUCAGGCACUGCUGUAGGGCCUGGCCUUGCAUUGACAGGGUGAAGGUUGGCAGAGCAGCCUUCCUGACCACUCCAGCUGCUGACUCAGAGGAACAACUCAACACUCCAAGUGUUCUUUCCCAGAUCCAUCUUCUCGAUGCUGUUUGCUCCUGCUGGAUUCCCACUCCAGUUACAAGGCACUCAGUCAAUAAGACAUGAUUAGCAUUAAUUAGUGACGACAUGUUUAGAUUAUUUCAGGCACUGCACAGCAUGGGCUACACUCAUUAUGACUGACAAGAGACCUGUCAGCACCAGAACACUUCUUAUGCAGAGAGAAUUAAGUGUCCACAGUGACUAUUAACUUGCCAUGAUUAUGAAUUCUGGGAAUUUUUAGUUCAGGAGUACAAAGCUUUGCUAGAUUGUGCUUUUAAGAGAGCCUUUCCUUACCUGUGUUAGAUUAAAGUAUGUGUUCUAACACACACAAAACAGAUCC